GAGGGCAGGAGAUCAGUAGCGUACGGGCGCGCGAGUGGUGCACGACGUGGGUGCGUGGGGUGUGUGCGCAUAGAGGGUGAGCCGCGAGUGAGCGAGGGCAAGCAAGAGCAAAACUCUGCCCCUCCUCCUCCUCUACCCCCGGCGCUGCGGGAAAAACUCGCUUCAGCAUGCAACCACCACCGAGAAAAGGAAACUAUGCGAAAUUUCUGAAGAAUGUGCACACAGAGCAGGCGGCAAAAUUACAGGCAAAGAAUCAGCACGAAUGUGAUCUUCUGGAAGACAUACGUAAUUUUACGAUAAAAAAAUCUGCCAUUGAAAAAUCCUAUUCUGAGGCGCUACUCAAAAUAUCAUCUGCAUAUUUAAAUAAGAAGAUACCGAACAUACCAGAUCUCAAAGUCGAUGGAGCAGAAGAGAAAUGGAACAUGUGGAAUGUAUGGCGAACCGUGCUGGAGGAGAACGAGAAGUUGGCGCGCGCACGCCUCGCCGCUGUCGAGGUCUUCCAGCAGCAGAUCGCCGACGACGCCAAGAGCCUCAGGAUGCAUAAAUUACAAAUCUCUAAAAAGGCAAUCGACCAAUUACUGAUAGUACAAAAAGAGCUCCAAACUUGCGUACAGGAUGUCGACAAGACGAAGAAAUUGUACUUUGACGAGGAACACAGCGCACAUGAUGUGCGCGAUAAAGCAAAAGACAUCGAAGAAAAACUGAAGAAGAAGAAGGGUUCUUUCUUCCAGUCGAUAACGUCUUUACAGAAAAAUAGUGCUAAGGUGAGCUCAAAGCGAGAUGCUCUGGAGGAGAAAUCAACUGGUGCUCGCAAUGAUUAUCUGUUGAGUCUCGCCGCCGCCAAUGCCCAUCAGAAUCGAUAUUUUGUAGUCGAUUUACAAUCCACCAUGCAGUAUUUGGAGCAAGGCGUUUAUGACAAAGUAGCAGAAUAUUUAACCCUGAUGGGACGCACGGAACUGCUCACUUGUCUAGCCACCCAAAAUAGCUUCGGCAAGAUUCGCGAUCAAGCUCAGCAGCUUACUAGAGAGUACAAUAUCCAAUGUUGCUGUUUAUACUAUCCCGUUUUGAAGCAACAUAUUCAAUACGAGUUUGAGCCUUGCGAUAGUGAUCCGGUAGAUAGGGUAACUGCUGAUCAUUCGGCGGCGACGACAUUGGGCAAAGAAGCACGUCGCUGGUCGACAAAAAUUGCCCGCGAGGUUGCCAGUAUCCGUGAAAAUAACCGAAAAUUACAAAUAUUAUAUCAACUUAAAGAGGCUGGUCACAAGACUGAUCCGAACGAUCCUAAUGGUCCAGAUAUAGAAACUAAAAUCGAUGAGUUAAAGCAUGCUGUUCGACGAGCAGAGACCGCAAAACUCAAAGCGGAAGCGAGGAUAGAAUGUCUUCGACACGGUGGAGUAAACGUAGACGAAUUCUUGCAAGAGGCUGAAACACUCAGCGUUCAGGAUAUGCCACGUUCGGCUAGUUCUCUCUCCGUUAGAACAGAUGCAUCUGGUGCAGCGGAACAUCCGUCAUCGGACUCAUUCUAUGACAGCGACGGCGACGGUGGAAGCGACCUAACGACUUUGGAACGGCCCGGAAAGAAUGCGCCUCAACAGGAAGAGGAAAUCGAAGAGAGGCAGAGGCAUGACAGUGCCGAGGUUGAUGCAUUGCUAGAGCAGGAAAAACAACGGAUGGAGCAACUAACGGCAGGUUGGGAUGAUCCUACGGCGGUCGAUUGGGACAACGAAUUGAAAGAUGAGCAGGAUAUGACGCACGAAACACCAGAGAUGCCUUCUAACCAACCCAUAUACAAGUGCACUGCUCUAUAUUCUUACACAGCGCAAAAUCCCGACGAACUUUCCAUCGUGGAAAGCGAGCAGUUAGAUGUGGUAGGUGAAGGCGACGGUGAUGGAUGGUUAAGAGCGAGAAAUUAUCGAGGAGAGGAAGGUUUCGUUCCUCAGAAUUAUCUCGAUGUAGAAAGAGAACCUGAGACCACUACCGGUCUAACUUCGCAGGGACCAGGUCUGGUCCAGCAGAUUUCUUUCUCAUCCGUUGAUUACACCAUUGAUGAUCACGAUGCCGUUGAUCCCGAUGCCAAUUUGCAAAGUGCCGCUCCAGAAGCCGUAAUACAAAACCAUCUUGGAGUUAUAGAAACGGAGCAAUUCUGUAUUGCGCUUUACGACUAUGAUGCCACGUGCGACGAAGAAUUAAGCUUUUUGGAGGGCGAUAUCCUUAAAGUCUUGAAAAAAGAACCACACGAUGUAGACGACGGCUGGUGGGAAGGUGAGCUGAGAGGUCAGCAAGGCCUCUUCCCCUCUCUUGUCGUAGAACCUUGUGGUCCGGACGGAUGUCCUUUGACCCCACAGGAGAACUUAACACCACCGAGUUCCGCACCGCCAGUCUUUACUCCACCGGAAGUACCAGAAUUUUUUCUAGAGGAGCUUGCUCAAAUGGAAGAAUCGCAAGAAGAAAAAUCAAUGGUAAAUGGUGAUAGUAGAUUCAUGAUGAAUUUGUCUCGAGACCAAAAAGAACAAUAUGGUUCACAGUUUGACGGUGAUGAAGAAACGCCAGGUAUAUUAGUCGUGGAGAUAUCAGAUGAAUCGGGUGAUAAGAUGGAAAAGGAUCCCAAAUUCGGUGAAGACCUUAAAUCUACUGACCAAAAGGAUGAUUUUGGUCUUGGGGUGGCUCAAAUCGUGAUCACAGCCGCAACUCCGAUGGAAGAGAUCGAACAUCCCUUCCCUGGGACGGAGGGGACUCCGGAAGAAUCGGCAAAGAUUGCAGAAGCCUCUGAAGCUGAUGUAGAAGCUUCAAGCGCGGCUUCGGAUCCAAACGAGAGCGAAUAUAAAGAGGAAGAAGAGCCAACCGUAAUCUUAGAUGAAAAAGAGGAAGAAGCUGAAGAAAAGUCUACAAUUGAUGAACUUCCAGCAGACUCAGCACCAUUUCCAAUCAGCAGCAGUUCUGGAAGCGAAGCAGACUCUACUUCCGGCCCCAGCACCAACGAAAAUUCUCAGUCGAGGGGAACAGUGGUUGAAGUGACAGAAGAGAUCACAGAAGUCAUGGAAGAGGAGGAAAUCAUGCCGGGAAAGAUGCUGGUGGGAGGGAGAGCCAGUAUCCCGGACGAGCUGCAGCCGGAUCAAUUGGAAAAAUUGCAGACGCUCAAGGAAUCGAACGCCUAGGGCUGACUGGGCCCCGGAGCCCAUAAGGGCAAAAUUACUUUGCCUGACGGCCAUACCGACAAUUUUCGACAUCUACUAGACUUCUGGCGAUCAUCACCUGAAGUGCUAGGAAAAAAAGACUAACUGUAAUAAACUCACAUUAAGACUCUAUCUGAAAUUCAUAAGGUUCUUAUGGUGACAGAGUACUGGUGAGAAUAAAGAUGUUUGGAAUUUUUGUGACUAAACUAUCUUAAAGUAAUGGAUGUUAAUGGAUCAAGUGGUGCUAAAGACUGUCUAAAUUACGGCUAUAAACGUAAGAAAUAUUUUCGCGUGCCCGAAAGCACGAGAAAAUGUCCAGAAUAAGAUCUACCUUCGAACUGUAACUUUGAAAAUAAUGCACGUUGUAUAUCUUUAUUAAUUAAUCAGAAUUAUAAGGGAAAGAUUUAUUUGUGAAACUACCUAUUACCAUAAUGAUUUAUUAACAUCCUGGAGAGGAGAGAAAACGAUUUAGUCAACUAUUCAGUUGAAUAAAAAAUAAUUUAAAGUUGAAAGAAAUAUUUAAAAUCAGGUCCGUCACAAAGAAUAGAAAAAUUAAUAUACAAGAUCACCAAGGCUUUAUGUCAGACUUUACAUAUGGUCACCAAAGAUUUCUUUGCAUUGAUCGAUUAAUAAAAGAUUAGAAGAACUAAUUUGUCCUAAGGCAAAUUAAUUGAGCUUUAAUGAGUUGAUUAAACUCUUGAGUUAAUAAAGCUAACAAAAGGGAUGGAAAAGAUUUUUUUUCGUAGGAAAUGAUGUACAGUAAAGUGGGAUAAUAGAAAGAAUUGUCGAUACCUGUGUACUAUAAAGGGCGUACAUUUCAAAGGAAUUACACUGGUGUUGCAUGUAAAAA